UAGAAUUGAGUGUGCAAAUUUUCAAUUUAACUAUUUUUCCAAUGAUAACAGUUUCAUUAGAUGCGAGGAUUGUGAACGUCUGCGUUUACAUCCCGAUUUCAACACUCACGCUUUCGGGCAUUGCGGAAUAUUUUCGGGCAAGAAAGUCACCGCCCGCCAAGUCCGAAGGUGCCCGUACGCUUAUGUUUGCCAGUGUGAUUUAAAGCGCCGUCCAGCAAUCGCCUUUCUUUCGCUUCAGUUGAUGAUCGACAAAAAUUAUUCGUUGACUCUACCCCGGUGGAAAUAUUUGUGUCACAGGUGGGCACGUGACCAGCCGCAACCAGUACCAGGGUCUUUCUCGCAACGAGAGGCAGAAGAGAAAGAGCCUGGGAACGAGGUUGGUUGAACAUUUCACAUGCACACAUUACGUAGUAAUUAAAAUCUUUAGCUGUUCAAAUUUUGUUCCUUCCCUUCACUUUGCGGUUCUUCAUGGUUCUUCGUGGUUAACCUUGCAAGAGUAUCAAGACAUCCUCUACAUUUGCAUCAUCAGUUCUGCCACACUAACAUGUAAUCUAACAGCAACAGAAGGUACAAGGAGCUAGUCUAGAUGGUGCUUGUUUCUAUAACAUCUCCAAGAUGGCAAAACCUGUUCCAAGUCGGACGUACUAUGCUCAAGUGAGAAAACAUGAGCCAUGGAAAGAUGAUGUUCCAGAAAAGAAGCUAAUGAGUGAACAGGAGAUUUACCAAAAAUUGGACAGACAUACAUUUUCUGAGUGUAUCAAAGAAAAUGAGAAGAAGUGUUCUCCACCAAAAAGUAACCAGGAAGCCAGAAAAAUACAGGAAGAUGUAGAAAAAAUUGCAAAUGGGGUGGUUUCCAACUUAAGCAGAAAAUUCAAACUUUUCGAAGGAAGCAGUUUACUGAAGACAGGGAGUACUUAUGAAGGUGUGAAAAUAGGAAACCCUGAUGAAUUUGAUUACAUGAUUGAGGUUCCUGCUCUGAGCAAAGAUAUUAUAGAGAUAAGAGACAAUCCUAUGGAAGGUUAUGUAUGGCAUGCCAGGGUGAAAGAUGUGAAUUUUUUUCACGACAUUUAUCCUUCUGCCCAUAGUGAAAGCAUUUCCCAGUUUUCCGUGAAUUUCUUCAUGGCAUUAAAGAAGAUUGUGAUGGAUUAUAUUCAGGAUAAUCUGCCACCAAACUGGAGCAUGGCACCUAAGGUUGCUCCUGAUAGAUCAAAAUAUUUUGCUUUCUCAGCAUCUGGUGUGCCAGGAGAUGGUGGAUACAGUCGGAUGAAAGAGCUAUCAUGGGCAAUGCAGCAAAAAGUUGCUAUAACUCCACACCUAAUCUGGAGUGGAAACAUCUAUAGAAAUAUGGAAGUGAGUCUUGAUUUUUGCCUAGCCAUACCUACACUCUUCGACAAAAGAGAUUCAUAUGUGUACUUCCCCUCAGAGCCUCCAGCACAUGCAGCUGCCAAUAUGCUGUCUUGCCAUGUGUUGCUGCUCACCAGGUUUUGCCUGAGGAUGUCCUUCUCCAAAGAAGAACAAAGAAUAAUGAAGCAAUAUCCUUAUCCUGAUGGCCAGAACAGAUGCAUGCGCUUGCUGAAAUUUCUUCGAGAUGAACGGCUGACAGAAAUUGACCCGGAAACUGGUGCUCCAUUGACUGGCUUACCCACAUACUGGAUAAAAACCAUCCUGUAUGGGAUGUACCAAGAAUAUUCACAUGCUUCACAGUGGCAAAGCGAUUAUCUAGGUGUGAGGGUAGUUCAGGCAUUGGAUAGACUCAUUGAUGCCUGUGCAAGGAUUGACCUUCCCAGCUUUUUCCUACCAAAUUGCAAUCUUCUUCGCCCUGAAAGUGGAUGUAGACAGGUUGCUGAGAAGGUAAAGGGUAAUAUUCUUUAUGAGUUCAUCAGAUAAACAUAAAUCACUUGAAGAAUAUAGAACUAAAAGGGAAUUCAACAUGUAUCUAAAAACCUUAAGUUAAUAUAAAACACUCCAAACAUUCGUUGAAGAGUCAGAGAAUCCCCAGAACAUUGUAAUUACAUUCUUUAUAAAAUAUAUUUUUGAUUGAGUAACAGAAAUCGAAUCAUCAUCUAAACUUAAGUAUUCAGGCAACAUUUCUGUGUCUUAAAUUCGUGUCCGUCAAUUGUUUUCAAAGAUGUUAGACACACUAUAAAUACUGAAUAAGCAAUGUAGGUGUGCAUAGUCACUGACUUUGCUCCUCCCGGCCAUAUUUAUGAAUAUUCAUUUGAGUACCAUUCAUUUGAAUACAUUUACGUCUGGCUUGGUGUUUUACUUCAGUUAGCUUAUUUUUUCUAUAUUAUAUUAUUCACUGAAGUGGUUGAAUAAUGUGUAACAUGUACAUCUUUUUAAAGACGAUGGUGUACUUUUCUUACGAUCUGUCUUUAAUUUUUUAUGGGUAGAAAGCUGAAUUUAAUAUAAAUUAAUGAAGUCAGUCAAACUAUUGACAGCAUUUUUGCGUUCGACAAAGUGGAACGCAAACCUAAUUUGACCUGUGGCUUUCCAGAGUUGGUUAUCCUGUGCAUGGUUAUAGGCCGAAAACACCACAUUCCUGUAAGGACACCAAAAUGGCCACCCCGCUUGAUUUUUGCAGGGGCAUGUCACGGCCGGUAAAC